AUAAGAGCCGGGCAAUAGUCACCUGCGCCACAGUCCUCGCGGAGAGUCGCCGCGGUUUCCUGCUUCAACAGUGCUUGGACGGAACCCGGCGCUCGUCCCCCGCUCCGGCCGGCCGCUCAGAGCCAGCCCUCGCCACCACCUCACAGCGCUCUCCGACCGCCCCAAGGUCCCCGCCGCCGUUACAGCGCCGCGCAGCCACCGCCGCCGCUUCACCUCAGCCGCCCGCCAUGACGACCGCGUCUCCCUCGCAGGUGCGCCAGAACUACCACCAGGACUCGGAGGCCGCCAUCAACCGCCAGAUCAACCUGGAGCUCUACGCCUCCUACGUCUACCUGUCCAUGUCGUACUAUUUUGACCGCGAUGAUGUGGCUUUGAAGAACUUCGCCAAAUACUUUCUUCACCAAUCUUGUGAGGAGAGGGAACAUGCUGAGAAACUGAUGAAACUGCAGAACCAACGGGGUGGCCGAAUCUUCCUUCAGGAUAUCAAGAAACCAGACCGCGAUGACUGGGAGAAUGGGCUGAAUGCAAUGGAAUGUGCACUACACUUGGAAAAAAGUGUGAAUCAGUCACUACUGGAACUGCACAAACUGGCCACUGAGAAAAAUGACCCCCACUUGUGUGACUUCCUUGAGACUCAUUAUCUGAACGAGCAGGUGAAAUCCAUUAAAGAAUUGGGUGACCACGUCACCAACUUGCGCACGAUGGGGGCCCCCGAAUCUGGCAUGGCACAGUAUCUCUUUGACAAGCACACCCUGGGAAAUAGUGAUAACGAGAGCUAAGCCUUAGGCCGGCUUCCCGUAGCCACAGGGGUGACUUUCCUGGUCACCAGGGCAGUGCAUGCACGUUUGGGUUACCUUUACCUUUUCUGUAAGUUGUACCAAAACAUCUACAAGUCCUUUCCUUAGUACCAUUCCUUCAAAUAAAGUGAUUUGGUACCCA